GAACCUCGCCCAUAAAAUUGAUAUUUCCCCGCGAACUCGGAAUUGGACAAGAUACCUCAGAGGUGACCAACGCAGGAGCCUCCGAUGUCCACAUGCCACAAUUCUUGAUACCUGCCCGCAAUUCAAGGCAUCGGACAGCAUGCUUCGCUCUCUACCGCGCGCUCUUGCGCCAAGCCCCGCUCAUCCCUCUACCCGAUGACCUAGCCUCUUCGCGGGGCCCCGUCAACCCCGUCAAGCACCUUGUGCGACGGGCCUUCCGCCGCAACACCUCCAUCACCAGUCCGCGCCUCAUAUACCCCGCUCUGAAGGCCGGGUACCAGAUCCUCGCCCUCCUCAAAUCCGCCACCUCGUCCUCCCUCGAGAGCUCUAACGCCGACCAUUCUUCCAUCCUGUCCUUCCUGCGCGAGCGCCUCGAGGAGCGCAGCCGCUCGCUCGCCGCCAAGGCCGCCCACGCCCCCUACAGCCGCACCCCGCGCCCGCCGUCGACGAGGCCCCGCCCGGACGCCGAGCCCCUCCUCGUAAACGUCACGCCCGCGCCCACGCCCCAGAACCCCAACCCGCGCCCCGUAUACGCGACGCCGUCGCGCCCGAGGCCCCUGGAGGAGCUCGGCGGCUCCGGGCGGCGGCGCGUACCGCACAUCGACCUAGCGUCGGACAUCCCGUUCCUGCGAAUCAAAAAGCCCCAGCCGGCGUUCCUAAGCCACAUCCUGAGAAACAGGAUCAAGAAGCGCGUGCAGCGCUUGGAACUUGUACAGGCGUUUCACGAAUGGGAUAUACCCUCCGCUGAGCUCGAGGAUGAGUGGGAAAAGAUGAUGGGCACCAUGCUGUUGAAGCACGCGAGGUCGGCGCGAGAAAAGAGAAAAUGGAAUAGGGGUGAUAUGGAUGACGGCCGUGGUGAUGAUGCUCUUUUAGACAUGGAACUGGCCGAGGCGGAGGCCAUACAAAGCGACUAUCGAAAUCACGAUACGUUCCGCCAGACAGUCUACGUACAGGGUAUCAUGUACACGCAAGAGGCGCUAAACCGCGACCGAGAAGACCAGGUCGCGCGGGCAGAAGCCAUGCGCAAGCUAAUCAUGGAAGAAGCGAAGCUGGCUGAGCAGGAGAAAGCAGAGAGGGAUGCCAAUAGGAGGAAGCGCUGGGAGGAGAAGAUGCAGGAGUUGCAUGGUGAAAUGUGGAGGCAGCUCUUCCCUGACCUAGACAAGGAAGAUGGCUUGAGUACCUAGCCGAUGCACCAUUGUGCUAUGUACCUGUCGAGCUAUCAUAUCCAAGGUGAAAGAAAUCCGGAUAAUGCAAAUUCCAACGCCAUCUCAAACUUUGAUGAUACAUUGCGAGAAGACGCACUGUAUUUACCCUUACCUAACUCCAACUCAAUCCUAAACUA